GCGGCGCGAGGAAGUCGCCGGCUGCUGCCCCGCGCCCCGUCCCUGGGCAGGCUCGCGGCCAUGUCGUCCCGGGACUUGGGGUCGCGUGGACGGGACGGGGCCGCCACGCUCUGUGGCCUGUACCACGAGGCCGGUCAGCAGCUGCGGUGCCUUCAGGACCAGCUGGCCACCCGCGACGCCCUCAUCGCGCGUCUGCGCGCCCGCCUGGCGGCGCUCGAAGGGGACACGGCGCCGUCGCUCGUGGACGCGCUGCUGGAGCAGGUGGCGCGCUUCCGGGAGCAGCUGCGGCGCCAGGAGGGCGGCGCCGCCCAGGCCCAGCUGCGCCAGGAAAUCGAGAGGCUUACUGAGCGACUGGAAGAGAAAGAGAGGGAGGUGCAGCAGCUAAUGAAUCAGACUCAGCAUGAGCGAGAGAAGGAAGUCCUUCUGCUUCGGAGGAGUGUGGCAGAGAAAGAACGAGCCCGGGCUGCAAGCGACAUCCUGUGCCGCUCCUUGGCCGACGAGACCCACCAGCUGCGCAGGACACUAGCUGCCACUGCCCACAUGUGCCAGCAUCUGGCCAAGUGUCUGGAUGAGCGACAGCAGGCGCAGGGGGACGUCGGGGAGAAGAGCCGUGCGGAGCCAGAGAGUACAAGUGGGGAUGCCUCUGGCCUAGCUGUCAUUGAGAAGUUACAGGAAGAAAAUCAGCUGUUGAGACAGAAGGUGACUCACGUGGAAGACCUCAAUGCCAAAUGGCAGCGCUAUGAUGCCAGCAGGGACGAGUAUGUGAGGGGGCUCCAUGUUCAGCUAAGGGGGCUGCAGGGCCCCCCUGACAACGAGCUGAUGAGGAAGGAGAUCUCCCGGCUCAACAGGCAGUUGGAAGAGAAGAUGCACGACUGUGCAGAAGUGAAGCAGGAGCUGGCAGCCAUGAGAACGGCCCGGGGUGCUGCCUUGGAACGAGUGCAGAUGCUUGAGCAGCAGAUCCUGGCUUACAAGGAGGACUUCUCCUCGGAAAGGGCAGACCGGGAGCGGGCUCAAAGCCGGAUUCAAGAGCUGGAGGACAAGGUUGCUGCCUUGCUGUUCCAGGUGUCCCACAGGCAGGACUCCCGUGAGCCAGGCCCCUGUCGGAUGCACACUGGGAGCAAAAGUGCCAAGUACCUAGAGAGCGACGGGCUGGAGUGUGUGGUGCCUGGUGACUGGAGGCCUGGGCCUGGUACCCAGCAGCUGGAGCCCUGUGCAGAGGGCAGGCGCCCCAGCACAGCCCAGAGAGGUCAGGGUGACCUCCAGUGCCCUCACUGCCUGCAGUGUUUCAGCGAUGAGCAAGGUGACGAGCUCCUCAGACAUGUGUCCGAGUGCUGCCAGUGAGCUCUCACUGUGGCCUGGACCUCCCAGCACAGCUGCCUUGGGGACCAGGGUGGCAGCUCUCAGACUCAGCUUCCCAACAGGGGUUUGAACUCUACUGGAAUCCAUGGUCCUCAGAAUGGGGUGGGGAGACUCUGACAGCUCACUUUGGACCCCCUUCGGCUCAGACUGGGAACCACCUUCAGAGCUAGAGGCAGAGCUGGGUCAGGAGCAUCUUGGGGGCAGUCCUCGGGCUCGUGGAGUCAGGGCUCCCAAGAUGUCAGGUCGAAGGUGCAAGCCAUCCAGGCAGCUACUGCAAGACCUGUGGGAAGCCAUGGAACCCAGCCCGUUCCACAGAGGGAGGUGCCUGUUCGGCCCCAGCCAGCAGGGCCACACAUCUGUGCCGAGCACGGUUGCAUUGCAGUAGUAUCAUCUGUCACGUGUCCGAAGUCCGAGCACACUUACUUUCUAACCACUUAUUUUUAUAAUAAAUGUACUCAGUGCUGCGACUGCUCUGAGAGCCGUGUUUGGGGUUGAGGUGCUGGGGUGGGCAGUGUUUCAGAACACGCACGGCUUGACCAACCAGCAAGGAGCUGCCAUGCUGUUUGCCAUGACCAAGCCAAGGGCCUUGGUGAGCCCAGCCUGGGGGCUGCCGGGACAGCAGGCUGCCUUAGGAUUGGUGGGGACGCAAGACUUCAGGAAGCCUUUUAACUUGCAGCAGCUCCACAGAGCCAGGUGAACGUCUGGACUCCUGAUCUCUGUUCCAGGCAACCUGGACCAAUUCUUGGCGUCUUGUGGACUGAGGUUUACGUGUAAGUGCAGACCUGAAGUUUUAGGGAAGUGAGUUAAGGUGGAAACGCCAUCCUUAGACAGGAGCACAGUGGUAAGCUUGGAUGGAAACUUAAAAAUCCUACUUCCAGUGUGUUCAGAAAGAUGCACUUCAGGGGGCAGGAGGAGAU